AUGCAUCUUUCCUCCAUCAUAGCGGGUAUUGCCACCAUCACCCUAGCCUCAUCGAGCGUCAUCGUCGUGAAAGACCAGGAUCAGGGAAGAAACGACGCCCGCGGCGCUUGCCUUCGCUCGUGCCAUCAGCAGAGGCCAGCCUGCCCGGAGAAUAUGGAUCCGUCUAAGCUGGGCGAGUGCUGGUCCUGCUGUUUCCGCCAGCAAUCUCGGCCCCAGGGCGCUCGUCUUUGGUCGCCGGCUGUUCCUGAAUUUGACCUCGACCGCGAUGGCUUUGAACGCGAUGGCUUUGACCGCGAUGACUUUGAGGAUGAGGACAGUGUUUUUCUUUAG